AAAAGAAUUUAAUUAAUUAAUUAAUUUGAUAUAUUCCAUGGGGCUGCCGUCGACAUUUGUCUCGCCGGAAGUCUGUCCUCUGCUUCCAAAUCUUUGCUUCUUCAUUGGAUCCUUCGAUUUGCAUCUGCUCCCCUCUUUUUCUCCACGCUAAGAAAACGUCCUGUCGUUUUCACCCAAAUUCUCUACCUACCCCUCUUACAGAUUCCUCUAUUUCUACCCGUUUACGUAACUAUCUCUGUUUGUAUGUGGUUGGUGACGUGAUUCUAAAGUAUUGAUUCUUUGAUAGUGAUUUAGAUCCUAUCCGCUGCUUGUAUAGUACCUCUUUCUCUUUUAAUCUUUAAUCAAAAUCCCUGGCUCUCAUUCUUUUUUCCGUUGGGUUUCGCAAUAGGACUGUAUGAUCCAUUGCCAUUGAUCCUGGAGAACUAAAUUUCUUGAUUUGGAUUUUUUUUUUUUUUGGAAUUUGAUUCUCUGCAAUUUUUUUUGCUUGAUUUUUAUACUCAGGCACUUUAAAUCUUGGGUUUUUGGACUUUUCAUUUAGUUUUAAUUCGAGUGUAGGUGGUGGGUUUCUCUCGUUUCUGUUAGUGGUAUCAAUUUUACUGAUCGUUCAAUUUUUUUUUUCUUCUUUUUGGUGAUCACUGGAUUUUAGCGUUUAAUUUUGUAUUAAAGCAGCCCAAAUUUUGCAUGAGAGGAAGUGCUUGGAGCUAUUAGAAUUCAAUUUCCAUAAGAGUUGUGGAGAUUUGUUUAAUUGAAUGAAGUGAGAUACAAAAGGAAAAGGCAAUGGCAAGGCGUAGAGGAGACAAGGAAGAUGGUGGACUAGAUAGGCACAUGGGUUUGCUAAAACUGGUGCAGAUUUUAUCUUUUUUGGUUGUUUUUGUGGCGGGUAUAAUUAUGGGCUUGGCAACAAGUUCUCACAUCAGUCAGUACUUCACUUCACAAGCUCGGUUAUUCUUCACUAACAACAUAGCAGCAACAAAAAUCCCAGGUGGUAAUUGCACGAUUUUGAGACCUUGCAAGACAGUUGAUUGUUUGAGUAUGGAGGCUUUUCUUCAUCCCAAGAACUUGACUCAUAGUAUGACUGAUAAGCAGCUUUUUUGGAGGGCUUCUUUGAUGCCAACUAAGGAAGAGUAUCCCUUCGAUAGAUUGCCUAAAGUGGCUUUCAUGUUUUUGACUAGAGGGCCUUUGCCAAUGUUGCCAUUGUGGGAGAGGUUCUUUAGAGGUCAUGAGAAAUAUUUCUCUAUCUAUAUCCAUACGCCUCCUGAAUAUGUGCUCAAUGUUUCAAUGGAUUCUCCAUUCUACAGAAGGCAGAUACCAAGUCAGGAUGUUGAAUGGGGAACCGUUUCACUGGUUGAUGCAGAGAAGCGCCUUCUAGCCAAUGCCCUUCUGGAUUUCUCAAAUGAGCGUUUUGUUCUUCUCUCUGAGAGCUGCAUCCCAAUCUAUAAUUUCCCAAUUGUCUACAAGUAUCUCAUUCAUUCUGAAUAUAGCUUUGUUGAGUCAUAUGAUGAUCCCUCUCGUUAUGGUCGUGGACGCUACAACCGUAAAAUGCUUCCUGAUAUUAAGCUCUUUCAGUGGAGGAAGGGGUCUCAAUGGUUUGAGAUCCAACGGGCUCUGGCUGUUCAUAUAGUCUCAGACACCAAGUACUAUGCUAUCUUCAAGAAAUAUUGUAAGCCUGCUUGCUAUCCUGAUGAGCAUUACAUUCCAACUUAUCUGAACAUGUUUCAUGGGCCGCUUAAUUCGAAUCGCACUGUGACUUGGGUUGAUUGGUCCCUGGGGGGCCCACAUCCAGCAACAUACAGGGGAAUUAAUGUUACAGAAAGUUUUAUACAGUCUAUUAGGAGUAAUGGGACAGAAUGUUCAUACAAUUCAGAGAUGACUUCUGUUUGUUACCUCUUUGCUCGAAAGUUUCAUCCAAGUGCACUGGAGCCCUUGCUUAACCUCACCUCAACAGUAAUGGAGUUUUGAUCUUUCUUUUUCUUUUCUUGGCAGAGGUAUGACAUCAUUUCUAUAAUGCUCCUAGACAUUUGCAGGCGGCUCUAACAAAUUUGUUUAGGCACAAUUGUAUAGUUGAUUUUUUUUAUAGGUCAUUGGGUUCUUGACCAUUAUGAAUUGCCAUUUUUUGAUCAAAUUUUUAGAGUUCUAGCUAGCUUUUCAACGAGAAACAACAACUCAGAAAACUUAUGCCAAUGAUUCCUGAGAUCAUUUUGGAUGAUGAUCAGUUGGGGGUCUUAAAUUUUUGUUUGGCAUAAGAAAAGUUUUGCAGAUGCUGUAGUUCUCUCACUGCUUGCUAGAGUAUACUGUGCUUGAGUUAUGAUUCCACUAUUCUAGUACUGUUCUCAAAUUCAAUUUUGUAAAAUGAGAAUAUUAUGGCAAACCUCAAGGAGAUUUUAGUGAUUUA